UUCUCGUACUGAUAUAAAAUUUAUAGGUUUGUAAAAUGUUGAAAUAUCACUUUAUAAAAUAAAUAAAAUAACAAAUCCUCGAUAAUGUUGAUGUGUAUUUGUAUUGUAAUUUUAAAUAUAUUUUUUAUAAAUUGUAACAAUGACACUGAAAAUGAUAGAGGUGAAUUAACAGUUAAUGAUAUUGCGUCUACGUUAGUGUCUCUACUAGGGGUAGAUGCAGAAAGCAAAAGAAUCAAGGAUCUGAACGAGAAAUUAAAGAAAAUAGACAGUUUUGUGGUUGACAAAGACAAAUAUGCUGAAUUAUUACUAAAUGAAACGAUGACCACCAAUUUGAAUGAAACCAAUUUCUUCAAUGCCUUAAAUGAAUCUGAUCACUUUAGAUUCCUGAUUGAAAAGGAACCCAAAAAUUUAUAUUUAAAAUUGAAAGAGAAAAUGAAUCGAGAUGACAUACUGAGGAUCGUUUCAAAAGCUCAUCUUAAAUCUUCGAAAUCUGGAAGAAAAAUGAUGGUCAAUAUAAAUCCUGAUUACAACGAAAAAGACGAAAUCAUUGAAGAAGUAGUCGAUGAGAUGAUCGCAAAAAUGCCUACAGACCAACACAAGUUUAAGUUUAGGAAAGAUGAUAAUAUUUAUUGGGACCCUCAGGGAGAGUUGGAAGAUUUAAACGAUUAUCAUAAGCAUAACGGGAGACGAAUAUAUAAAGGAGAGAGAACGACAAUAAGAUAUUAUCCAUUUAUGGUGUCUGUCCAUGUGAUGGGAAGAUUUUGGUGUGGAGGUAGCAUCUAUUGGCACGACCUGGUUUUAACUUCAGCCGCUUGCUUACAACUAAUGCACAACAAUCGUUUCUUCCGUGAAAACCCGGGUGUUCUAAAAAUACGAUUGGGCAGCAACCAUAGUCGAAUCGGAGGAGAAAAUGUUGAGGCUCUUGAAGUAUAUUUCCAUCCGGGAUACAAUCCAAGAACUCUUCGACACAACAUAGCGAUCAUUCGUCUUCGACGUCAUCUGUUCUUCAGCUAUCAUCGCAUACCUAAGCUUAUUGACAUCUCACACACAGAAAUAGGAAUCUCGCCGACUUCCGAGGUUCUGGUUUUAGGAUGGGGAGUGACAAAGAUGUCACAAAAACUUGCCUAUGAGCCUGUUUACUUGAACCGAAAGUUUUUACCAAUUUAUCCAAACGUGUUUUGUAAGGAUGUUUAUGGAAAAAAGUUUAUAUCAGAAACAAUGUUUUGUGCUGGAACAUUAACAACUGGCGAAGGAGCCUGUGAUCAUGAUGCAGGAGGUCCCGCAGUCAUUGCGGGUAAACUAGUCGGUAUUAUAUCGUUCGGCCCUUCCGUCUGUGGAUAUCCUAACGCUCCGACUGUAUUUACACUUGUCGGUGCAUAUUCUGACUGGAUUGAAAGUGUUAAUGAAUCUAUGCCUGGAUACUACAGGGGCAAGAAACGGACUACUACUUUAAAACCCAUAACAUUCGCAGAAUAUAAGAUAAAGAAACUGUACAAAGAUAUAGCUGAUCUUAACAGUGAUAAACCUGCUACCGCGACGACAGAGGCCAAAAUAGAGCUUCUGCGGCAGAAAAACAAGUUGAUGCAUGAUGAUUCUGACUACGGAUUUAGUAUUUUAUAGAAAUAAAAUAGAUUUUGCCGUCAUAAGUUAUAUUUCUCACAUUAUAUGUACUGUGGUAAUAAUAUUCUCUUAUUCACAAAGAAAAAUAGGCGACUAAAUGUACAACACUGUGCGGAUGAGUUAACAAAGCUUAAAUAAAUAUUCACUUUAUAACCAAA